GAGUUCGUGGGGAAGAUCUCAUUUGUAUCCUCCUCGCGUCCUCUCUCGGCUCUCAAACUCAUUGGAGGAGAAAGCCAGAGGCACCGCCCCCCUGACCUUCUCCUCCAAUGGGUUUUAAGAAGGAGACGAGGAUGCGAGGUGUUCAAUUUGAGAUAUUCCAAUGUUCAGGUCGUUCAGGCUAGCUAGCUACAUCACAACUGUGCAAGAGCCAAGACACUAACGAAAUAAGCCGCCGGGGAACGGCGAGAAAGUAUCUACAAGUUUUAACCUUUUUGUAUUUUUGAGCAAUUUGAUUUAUCUGUUGGAAAAUUAAGACAAUUUAACGUUAGAAGAUGGCUGUGAACGUUUACUCUACAUCUGUGACCGGCGACAACCUUAGUCGCCAUGAUAUGCUUUCUUGGAUCAACGAGUCUGUACAGAUGAACUACUCCAAGAUUGAGCAGUUGUGCUCAGGUGCUGCUUACUGUCAGUUCAUGGACAUGCUUUUCCCUGGAUGCAUACCAUUGAAGAAGGUUAAAUUCCAGGCCAAACUAGAGACUGAGUUCCUCCACAACUUCAAACUUCUACAGACCAGUUUUAAGAAGAUUGGGGUUGACAAGAUCAUUCCUGUUGAUAAAUUGAUAAAAGGCAAGUUCCAGGACAACUUUGAGUUUGUGCAGUGGUUCAAGAAAUUAUUUGAUGCCAACUACGAUGGGAAGGAGUAUGACCCGGUCAGUGCUCGCCAAGGCCAGGACACUGCUCCUACUCCAAACCCAGGGCAGGUCGCACCCAAGCCCAGGAAGCCCAGCACUGUACAGCCCCACAGCUCCCCACCUGUUAUCAAACCAGCUGCGAGAGUCGCUCCCAUGAGGUCUACAACAACAGUGACCAAACCCCCGCCCAAGUCAGCAGGGAGUGCCUUGCGUAGGCCCGGAGCAGCAGGGGAUGUGGAGAGGGAGGAGCUAUCCCAAGAGGUCAGUUCCCUGAAAGCCACUGUCCAGGACAUGGAGAAAGAGAGAGACUUUUAUUUUGGAAAGCUGAGGUCCAUUGAGGUCAUCUGCCAAGAAGUGGAUGGAGAGGCAGAUACAACUAUGCAGAAGAUUAUGGAUGUUCUAUAUGCCACUGAUGAGGGGUUUGUUAUUCCUGAUUCUGAUGCUGAAGGAGAAGAACCAGAAGAGUUCUGAUGAAAAAUGGACACAACUCUAGUCCAUGCCAUAAUCUCACACACACACACACACACACACACACACACAGGUUAGUGAACACACGUUUGCAUGUGCAAUGUACAUGCAUACGCACUCGUGUGCUCUAAUGAAAUGAACAUGCACUUACUCACACAUACUGCCACUGUGGAUUAAGUUGCCUUUGGAUCAUACACUGGCUGCCCCCUUGGUCCAAGUCUUUGUUGGUCCAAGUGUUUUUUGGACCAUAAUACUUUUCAGAGAGCCUGCUGAUCCAGCUGCCAGAGAAGAAGAACCCUGGAUGAAAUUCUAAUAGGGCCAUUCCUUUCUGGUUUCUUUUCUGCCUUGUUCUUAUUCUGGCCUCUGCUGUGCCUUUCAACUUUGGCCUGUUACUUUUGAAAUAUGUUCAGGUCUUUCUAUUCCUUAUUUCCAAUUGACCUAAACAAAACUGUACUAGGUGAUUUUGAUAUAUUUGCAAAUAUGAUUAAUUAUUAAAGAUAUAUGAAUAUGUUUACUCUGCCAAUGGAAAUUACUGUAAUUUUUAUGGUAUGUUUACGCAUAUUCAUUAUACUUGAGUUCAAAUUUGUGGUUUAGGCGAUCAGCAUUUGUAUUUAGUUUCCUGUUUAUCUGGGGAGUUAUUCAUCACAUUACUUUUUUUGAAGUAAAAAAAGUCAUGUUUUAUUGAUAACCUUUAAAUAAAAUACUGUACUUUUUACUUAAAUGCUAAAUUAUAGACUCAUUCUGACAUUUGUGUGUUGUAUGUAGGCUAGUUUUAGACUAGAGACUAGCAUCUCUACCGACCUAUGUUCUAAUUUACUUCCUCAUGUAAGGCAAAGACCGGAUGUAUGGUUGCCUGUCCACACUGAAGAAAUACUUCCUUCUAGUCUACAAUAAGAGCAGAACUAUAUGCUCUUAGCAGAAGAACUGAGAGCUGUCUUUUAGACCUCGGAAGUCUGUUUUAAACUUGGGAGCAAUAUAAGGUUUCCAUAAGCAUCUCUUGUCUUUAGAAAUAAAGUAUUGAUUGGAGAAAUUAAAUGUUUUUAGGUUGAAGAAAUAACUUGUUUUGACAAGUUUUAUGUUAUUAAAAACUCAAAUGUAUA